AUGACCUCAGAAACAGACUCCAGCAACCCCAAGGCACCCGAAUUGGCCGACCGACCAUCUUCCAUGGCCGCUGCAGCGUUCCUAGGAGUUGCCUGGUUUAUAUGCAUCGAGCUUAACAUCCGCCUGCUCUACAGGGCCACACGUCGCAGCCUUUACUUCUGGAGCUGUUUACUCUGCAGUUGGGGGCUGAUAGUCCACGGCAUCUCCAUUAUCUUGGCCAACUUCAACAAGUGGACGUCUUACUCGGCCAUCGUCUUCAUCUACCUAUCAUGGCUCGUCUUCGUCGUCGCCCAGUCUUUUGUCCUCUACUCACGCCUCGGCCUCCGCCACCCACGCUUCAGCGCACGACUCGAGAAGGCCAACCUGAUCUGGGACAAAGUGCAAGUCGGCGCUUUCUUCACCCAAGAAUGCAUUAUCGGAAUGCUAUACAUCUGGCAAACAUCGAAGUACUUCCAGAGCCUCGAGCUCCUCGGCAAUAGUCGUCGCACCACUCGAGACAACCUCCGCAAUCUCAUCGCUGUCAACGUCCUCAUAAUCAUGCUCGAUGCCAGCGUCCUGGGCUUGGCCUAUAGCGGUCGCUUCUUCAUGCAGGGCUUCUAUAAGGUCGCUGUAUAUGCCGUCAAGCUGCGCACGGAGUUUACCAUCUUAAACCAGCUGAGGCAGGCGCUUGCGGGUGGAUCGACAGGUGCGUCGGGAUUUGCUGUGCAGACCGACCAGAGACCUAUCGUGAUGGCUCCUCUAAAGUCAAACGACGUGGUGGAGACGGUUGAAUGA